AUGUUUGAACAACACGAUCUGGAAGAACAGAUCAUCAGGCCAAUCAUGACACACACCGCGGAGUCGAAACCAGACACAUCCAGAACUAGACAACUCUUGGAGACUACAGAAAUGCGAGUUCUGAGACGGAUAACAGGCAAAACAUUGAGAGAUAGAGAACGAAGUGAAAACAUCAGAAGAGAAUGUAAGACGGAAAAUAUUAACGAGUGGGUAAGAGGAAGGAAAGUGGAAUGGAACCGGCACAUUGGACGAAUGACGGAGGACAGAUUGGUGAGGAUUGCAAGAGAUAAGUCACCAAGUGGGAGGCGAAGUGUUGGCCGUCCUAGAAAGAGAUGGAGUGAUGCAUCGACCUGGGAUGAGGUGAAUUCAUUCGAUGGAAGAACAGGCCUUAGGCCUAAUCUAUAA